AUGCAAAGUACAUCAAGGAUAGUGGCAAAUAAAAGGAAGGUGACCGAGUUUGAAACUGUGGCACUCACUAAGGAGUGUAGUUCUAGAAUUCAAAGCAAGUUACCUCAGAAAUUGAAGGAUCCAGGUAGUUUCACUAUCCAAAUCUCUAUUGGUAAACAUGCGGUUGGGCAAGCUUUAUGUGAUCUUGGAGCGAGCAUCAAUUUGAUGUUGCUAUCUGUGUUCAGAAAGUUGGAGUUGGGAGUGAUUGAAGAUGUGUUAGUUCAAGUGGGUACUUUCAUAUUCCCUGCUGAUUUCAUUAUCUUGGACUACGAGCCUGAUCAGGAAGUCCCAUUUAUUUUGGGGCGUCCAUUCUUAGCCACGAGCCGAGCUAUUAUCGAUGUUUCCAAAGGAAAGAUGACGAUGAGAGUGGGUGAUCGAGUGAAGGUAUUCAAUGUUUAUAAAGCACUUAGGUUGCCAGCCCACUAUGAAGAGCUAUCUAUGAUUUCUGUGGUGGAAAGUAAUGCUACAUCAUUAGUGCCUUAUAUGAGCCCUAUAGAUCCUCUUGAACGAGCUUUGAUUGGGGAUGAAGAAGAUAGUGAAGAUGAAAUGAUGGGAGAAAUUGAGCAAGUACUUGAUACGUCCUGCAAUUAUGUCCAUGGAUUUGGAAAAUUUGAGGAGUUGGACAGGCCUGUCACUUUGACCCCUCCUAAGCCAUCGCAUCUGCGUUAUGCUUAUUUGGGGAACUCUGAGACAUUACCCGUGAUUAUCUCCUCCAGCUUGACUAACACUCAAGAAGAAAAAUUACUCAGAGUACUCUGCGAUCGUAAAAAGGCAAUUUGGUGGACUAUUGCUGACAUCAAGGGAAUCCAGUCCAUCAUUUUGCAUGCAUAA